ACUGUAAUAAUGUGUACAUAUGUUCAAUUCUCUUUAUUUUGUUAAACAAGUAUAUUAUUCGUGUGAUUGUAACGAUAGUAUUAUUCUAUUCUUUGUAUGAUAUAAAUACUUUGUGAAAAUGACUUACAAACGUAAAAAAUAUCAUAGAGGUGAUACACAUUUGAAAAAAGGUUGGCGAACUAAAAGAAGAACAAAAGAUUUAGAUGAGAUUGAUGAGGAUUUGAAAGACAAAAAUGUAAAGAAUCUACUAAAUCAAGAAGUAGAUUUUGAUAAACCAGGAGCUGGACAAUAUUAUUGUAUUCAUUGCGCGAGGUAUUUUAUAAAUGAUACUGCUUUACAAGAUCAUUUUACAACAAAAGUACAUAAACGCAGAUUAAAAGCUCUUGAAUUAGAACCUUAUUCUAUUGAGGAAUCAGAAAGAGCAGCUGGUAAAGGAAAUUACAUUAUUCCACAAAAAAGGAAAAUUGAGACUAUAAAUUAUACCAACUAUAAUAUGGAUGUUGAACCAGAAACUUCAUCACAAGUUAAAAUAGCUAAAGUGGAUGCAUAAAAUUCUCUUAAGAAAUAUAAUCUUUAUUCUAAGAAGUUUUAUUAUAUAUAUUAGUAAAUUAUAAAAGUUGUCAAAUUUUAUAAAUGAAAAUGACAAAUUAUGUAUUACAUUUUAUACAGAAAUGUAUAUAUUCUAAUAGUAUAAAACAUAAUUCUAUUAAAUGCAUUAGUAUACUAAAGCAUUCUAGCAGACAUUAUUCUUCUGCACUACUUGUUUCAACUGUUAAAGGCAAAGAAUAUUUUUCAUUUUUAAGACCAUAUAUAGAUUUAGAUGAGAAAUUAAUAGAUGUUGAUAGAGUGCAGAAAGAUCUUACAGCUAGAGGAUUAAAUUUGAAUGUUAAAGAAAUUAAAAAUAUAUGGGAAUUUUAUAAAUCAGUAAAUGCAGAUAAACAUAAAUUACAAUCAAAAAAUGAAAAAAUAUCAAAUAAAUUAAACGUGUUAUAUAAAAAGGAAAAUUUAACUGUAGAAGAACAAACAGAAAUUUCAAAACUAAAAAUACAAAUUAAAACAUUAAAACAUGAUUUAAAUAAGAUUAAAAAUGCUCUCAAAGAUUUAAAUGAAAGUAUUUUGGAAAAAUUAUUUCAAUUGCCAAAUGAAGUAGAUGGAAGGACACCAAUUCAAGGUCCUGUUGUACUAAAACGGGUUAAUUCUUUGAAGGAACAUCCAAAAGAUUCAGAAAAGAAAAAUCACAUUGAAAUUGGAAGACGUCUUGGUUUAUUGGAAUAUAAAAAUCCUAUGCAAUAUUAUUUAUGUAAUGAUGCAGCUCUUUUUGAACUUGGGGUAUUAAAUUAUGCUGGAAAAAUAUUUAGUGCAAAUAAUAUGAUUAGAGUAGCAGGUGCAGAUUUCAGUCGAAGUUUGGUAAUAGAUGGUUCUGGUUUAAAUCAUGAAGAUCCUACAGAUGCUUUCAUAAUAAGCAAUCAUAGCGAUGUAGAUAAAAAUUCUCCUAAUCGUAUGCAUCUUGUAGGAGGUGCAAGUUUAAUUUCAUUUUUGGCAAUGCAUGCAAAGCAACUGAUAAAUCCAAAUCAUUUUCCAGUAACAUAUUUUUCAACUGGUAGACAAUAUACUCCUUUUCGAUCAGGAUCCAAUCCAAUUGUGUUUACUGUUUGUCAAGCUUCAGUUGCAAUUGCUUUUAUAUUAGUCAAAGAUGGAAAGAGUGAAGAAUAUAGUACUCAAUUUGAAAAAUUAUUAAAUAUUGCAUGUAAAUUGUAUGAUAAUGUGUGUGAUCAUUAUCAAAUUGUUAUGAGGCCUGCUUCAGAAUUACGACCUUGGGAAGCAAUGCGUGUAUCAUUUGAAUUAUGGUCUCCAUUUUCGAAACAAUAUAUAGAAGUUGGUCAUAUAUCUACAUAUGGUGAAUAUUUUAGCAAAAGAUUGCUAAUUAUAUAUCAGAUACCAGAUGGACAAAGCUUCCCUUCUGUGAUAUCCGGCACAAUUUUGUCGGUACCACGUCUUUUAGGAUGCUUGUUAGAACAAAAUCCACAUAAAUUCGUUAUUCCACCGAAAAUAUUAGAACAUAUGCCUAUAAAUAAUAUUUAAGUUUAGAAACAAAUUUGAAAAUUAAUUUAAUUAUAACAAUAAGAUGAUUUUUAUAUUGUAUAUACAUAUUUCGAUAUAUGUAUUUUGAGUGUUUUCAUUUCUAGUAUGUUUAUUGAUAAAACAUUGUUUAUAUAUUUUAUUAAAAAAUAAAUAUAUUUGACAUUGUAAAUAGAC